AUGUCUUUCACCCAUCCCCACAAACGACCUGAAGAUCAACCUCGGAACAAGAUCCGAAAAGGGACCCGCAGUUGCUGGGAAUGCAAACAUCGAAAAGUCCGUUGCAAUUUUACCUCUGAUAGCGAUCGCAGUUGCAGGGAAUGUCUCGUUCGGGGAAUCCCUUGUCGCAGCCAAGACUUGCCAGAACCUGAAAACCCCCGUGAAUCGGAACGCCUGGGUUUCAACGAUCGCCUGGUCCGUGUCGAGUCCCACCUGGAUAUAAUUUCCACCCAAACAGAGGCAAUCUUAAAAAGGCUGGAUAAUAUCGGAAGUUCGAAUCACUCGGAGCUGCCCAUGAGAGUAGUGGAUUCCAGCUUAAUUCCCGCGACCGUGACUCCCGCUCAAGAGAACGCACCAGUUCUUGAUCUAUUCAACAAUAAAACGCUAGGCUUUCACCAAUCUGAAACACCCAACUCCACCCCAUAUGGCACUAUCAACCGGGACUUGGAGAAGCUUCGUCGGGAUUUGAUGGCUUUGAUUCCAUCCCCACAUACGUUGGAAUUGAUAUCAGGAGCUAGCACUGGUUGGUGGCUUCUGCGCAUGCAAUUUUUUCAGGAAUAUGAAGAACCAUUUCUCCCAGUCUCGUUGAACGUCCUUUCGAAAAGUCAUCCAGCUGCCAUUGCCAAGGCCGUUCUGUGGAUUGCACUGUGUCUCCAGUAA